AUAAGUACUAGGGUUCCAGAAACGGCCUGAACACGCACGCGCGGACGCGCGCACGCUCACACAUUCACAUGCAGAUUAGACAGAGGAGGAGUGACGGAGUCAGCGGCAGCAGCGACAGUGAGCGGAGUGUCCUUUCCGACGAGUACCCUCUCAACUCCGUGUCUUUCUGGCUACUUUAAACAACAACCACCAUUACUUUAUUACCGUUUUCGACUUUUUAAGCUGAUAGGAUGAACAUGGGUAAUCCCUACCAGAAUUUGUGGCAGCAGGCAGAUUAACACCACUGGCUGCGUCUCCGGCUCCUGUUCGCGACCUUUAUCAACAGCAAACUUCACCAUGAGUUAGAGGCAAUUACUCCAAAGGAACGUCACCACAGCUUCCGCACCUACCAUCUGACUACGGCAGCAUCACUUGCCUUGCUUCAUGAGCCAGCAGGAUGCAGCUGAGGUUCUCGCACUCUCCGAGCGCCUCCUCAUAGCUUCGCACAAGGGACACGCUGACAAUGUGGUGCAGCUCAUUAACAAAGGUGCAAAAGUAGCCGUGACCAAGUAUGGCAGAAGCCCACUACACUUGGCUGCCUAUAAGGGCCACACCGAGGUGGUGCAUAUCCUCCUCAAAGCUGGAUGUGACCUGGACAUCCAAGACGAUGGAGAGCAGACUGCGUUACACCGGGCUGCUGUGGUGGGUAACAGUGAUGUCAUCAAUGCGCUCAUCCAGGAAGGAUGUGCCCAGGACAGACAGGAUAAGGAUGGCAACACGGCUCUGCAUGAAGUGUCCUGGCAUGGCUUUAGUCAGUCUGUCAAACUGCUGGUAAAAGCUGGAGCCAACGUCCACGCAAAAAACAAGGCAGGAAACACGGCUCUUCAUCUUGCGUGUCAGAAUGGUCACGCUCAGAGUGCCAAGGUUCUGUUGCUGGGUGGAUCCAGGCCUGAUAGCAAGAACCAUUUGGGUGACACAUGUCUGCACGUGGCAUCCCGCUACAACCACGUUACCAUCAUUCGCAUCCUGCUGGGAGCCUUUUGCUCCGUGUCAGAGAAGAACUUGGUCGGGGACACGCCGCUACACUUGGCUGCUGCUCUAAAUCAUAAGAAAACAGUACGCCUCCUGCUAGAGGCGGGUGGAGACAGCCGCGUCUGCAACAAUGCAGGUGAAACGGCUCUGGAUAAGGCACGAGAACACAACAACCCAGAGGUGGCUCUGCUCUUGACCAAAGCUCCUCAGGUGCAGAGUUUCGUGCGCGGCAGGAGUGUGAGAAACAGAAGGGACAAGCUGAAAGCUGAAGGCAGAGCUCAGUCAGUGCCAAGAGAUGAAUUACUGCCCAAUAAGGACAGCGCUUCUGCUGCAGACGACACGCAGAGCAGCGAGCGAGCAGCUAUAACCAAGUCAAACACCAAGAGGAGAAAGAACAGAAGGCUUAAAGAAAAACCAGUCUUAUCUGACCCCCUACGUCGCCGAGAGAUGAGGCGCAGCGAAGCCUUCCACCGGAGGAAAAGUAAACUGCAGGGAGGGUCCCCUCACGCAUCCACCGCUCCUCACAACUUCAAAGCCUAUCAGCUGUACACGCUGUACCGUAACAAAGAUGGGAAGAUAAUGCAGGCUCCUCUGAACGGCUGCCGCUGCGAACCUCUGAUCAGCAAACUGGAGAACCAGCUCGAGGCCACGAAAGAGGAGAUGAAGACGGAGAUUCACACUGUGCAAGACCUGAUGAACAGCAAGCUGGGACAGAUGGACCGCAAGAACAAGCAUCAGAUCCGAGCACUGGAUAAGAUGACAGUCGAGAGGGUGUCAGCCGAGAGGAGUGAGUGCACGCAGAGGAUGGAGCAACGGGCCCAGCAAGAACGGCUGGAGGCGGAGAAAAGACAGCAGGCGUCUCUGAUAUCAGAAAUGAAGAACUGGUGUCUGUCCAAACUGCAAAACAUGGAGUUUCGCCUCACAGGAGGAGAAACGAGCAAACACCUGCCGAGCCCUUCCUCUGUGGCCGAGGCCUUGAAUGAAGCCGAGAGAGCAGGAGGAGCUGAGCUCUCUGAGCUUCCCGUUAGAGACGAGUUCUCUCAAUCCCCGGAGCUCCACCAGAGUCCGGGGCAUCUGGACACCGAGCGCGUUGACGCCAGUGUGGCUGAGGGUUGCUCGGCAACCCACUACUUUGACGUUCACGUGGAGAGCUCCCCAGAUGGCGAGAAGGCUCAAAAGAAGGAGGUGACCUCACCUGGGCUGAAGAAGAAGCAGCUGUCGUCUGUUCAGGUGGUCCGGCCCAAAGAGCGCUCGGCUGUUAAGGACAAGUUGGACGUGGACACUGUAGGGCACGGAGACCGCCCGUCCGGUAGUCAGUCUCCCGAUGCGGAACGCCACCGCGGUCGCACGAUUGCUGCGGAGAGAGGCAGAGACAGAGGGAGGCACCAUAGAAAACAUUCCCAGUGCAGGUCGAGUUCAAGAGGAGCCAGGGCGGCUCAGACUCUGGAGGUCUUCGGGGAUCAGCCCAACGAGCCCUUGUUCGCUCAGGAGCGAGACAACACGCACGCCCUGGAGGUGACGCAGCACUUCUUCGAGACGGUGUCGACCCAAAUGGAACGAUGGUACGAGAGGAAAGUGCAGGAGGCUCGCUGGCAGGCCUCUCAGAGAGCCGAGGCCGACAGAGCCGCUCUCAUGGAAAGGAUCGCGUACCUGGAGGACGAGCUGCGCAUGCUGAGGACGGACAGACCGGACUGUUGACGCAGAAGAACAAACAAGGCCAUGGACAUGUCACAUCACUUGUUAUCUAGCUCUCAUUCGUCUUCCCAUGAAUUCCUGGUGCCCAGUGAUUUACAUCAUGGAUAUAACCUUUGACCCUGAUGUGUCUGGUGGUACAGUGGUGUGCAUAAGUCUUAAAGCAUCUGGUUUUUUUUUUUGUUUUAUUUAACCCAGAAAAUGUGACAAAAUUAACUCAAGUAAAUUUGCUUUUUUUUUUUUUUUUAAUGAAGGUAGGUAGGGCACUGAAGUGCAGCCCCAAACCAUGACAGAGCUUCCCAAUCUUGAACUCGUAUGUUUUAAUGUCUCAGUAAAUUAGCAUCUAUAGUUAGUUAACGGUUGUCGGUUUGAUGGAUGGAGACUGGGAUUAUCAUCAAAAGUACUUCCUGGUCGACUAAAGGAUUGAUAUAACACAGUAAUACUGCCCUGGUACCAACUCUUUGGUCAAAUACUACCACUGAAAAUCAGUCAACAAUUAAUGGAUGAACUAAAGGGCCUAAUGUAGUUUUAUUAUUAUUAUUUAAUCUUAUGAAAGGCAAUCUGUUUUCAUCUUAACCUUCAUAAAAUAAUUCAUAAAUUUGAACGAUUGAUCAGGAAACGUCUGUUGCCCUAGGAUAUUGUUUUAUAAACAUACGGCCUAUGUAGAAAUAAAGUGGAUUUUUACAGUAUUUUAAAUUUACAUUUUAAAAGU